UCCUCCUCCUCCUCCUCCUCCUCCUCCUCCUCCUCCUCCUCCUCCUCCUCCGAGAGAGAGAGAGAGAUGAGAGAGAGAGAGAAAGAGAGAGAGAGAGAGAGCGAGAGAGAGAAUCCGGAAACACGAACCCCAUACGAGUUUGAAGCUCAUGAUUCGAAUCAAAAGAGUCAGAAAAGAGAGUCGAGAGGUGGUAGCAAGGAACAGCCGCCGCCACUGCUUGCACAGAACCUCCCUCAACCUUCAAAGAACACUGAUGUGAAAGACGAAGCGCAACAGCCAUUAAGCUUAGUGGAUUUGCCUUCGAAUCAUGUUAGAGACAUGAUUUCCAGAACAGGAAAUAGUGAGGCUACAGAGUGCGUUCGCGCGCCCGCACCGCCCCUCUCGGCCCCCGCCUCAUCCUCCCCGAUGACGAGCGACGUCGAGCGAGAAAAAACGAGCCGCUCCUUCGCGUCGCCUCCGCCGUUCCGCUCGCUUCGGCCGCGUUAUUUCCGAAGAAGCGGCCUUUGUUGCAAGCGGAGGGCGGCGGGUCCGUUGCACGACACCUGCGCCGCCCGCCAGCGCUCACCUGGGCUUCUGGUUGCAAUUAGCUUCGUGUGA